CAGCCAAGUGACCACCGUAGCCUGCAGACAUGGCGCAAGUGUCGCUGCGGAAGUGUGCGUUGCUGAUGACGCUGGCGGCGACCGUGGCGCUCGCCAUCCCCACGGAGGAGAAGAAGGCGGCGGUGGAGGCGGCGAAGGCGGAGCCGGAGGCGGCGGCGGACCGGCCCCUGGUCGGCGUCCCCCUGGCCUACGACGUCUCUGGGGACCACUCGAGGAGCUUCCUCAACCCGCCCCCGUGCCACGAGGGACUGUGCCCGUUCAUCAAGAAGGUGAUUCCGGACGCUUACUACAAGGACCACGACGGCCACGACGACGAGCACGACCACCCGGCGCCGUCGCUGUGCGGCAACAUGUGCGACAACGACCUCGUGUGCCCCAUCGGCCAGCGCUGCUGCGCCACCAACUGCGGCUACGUCUGCCACCCCGUGGUCGCCGUCGCGCCGCCCGCCAUGCAGAGCGGCUAACCUCUCAACUAAAACGAGUCCUCUCAGAGGGUCUACUCAUCAUCCGUAGUGGCCGCAACCACGUGGAUAACCUUCCGCUGCUUACACCGAAGACUAUAAUGCGUGGAAGCCUACGAUCAUUACUUCGGUACUCGUGUUCAGUACCGUUCCUGUGUGUGACUUCCCAUUCCACGUUACUGACUGUAACAAAAACCUGAACACGCACAUUUCCUACGUAAUGGGAGUUAGUGAUUCUUCCUCUUCUUCUGUGGCUGCAGUUCUCCUUGCGUUCACCAUUUUACAUCCUCCCGAUUCAUUAGGAUCAGAUUUGUUUGGGAUGGUGAAUGUUAAGUGCCUGCAAAUAUCUUGGUGUAAUAUUUAUUGCAAUUUUAUUUAUUUUACUGUAUCACUUUCAUCGGAAACAGGAAUAAAAUCAACAUGACACUCAAACUGUCAA